AUGUCCUUCCAGGUAGAAGUGCCCAGACCUGUUGGUGCCCUGUCAGUGGUGACCAGCCCCUUGAAGCCCCCAAUUGUUGCUAUGCCUAUCCAUUCCCUCCCAGGUUCAUCUACCACGGCCUCCUCCGCUAAUCCAGAACUGGCAGCGUUUGAAGGUAUGGACCUAGACGCCCAGCUGGACCAAUUGGAGAAACUCAGCUCCGCUCCAGGAAAGGCAAAAUCCAAGGUAGUGGAGGAGGCUAUGGAGAGACUGAAGAUCUAG